UCACAGAGCGAAUAAUACAUUUGUGAAUUGUUUAGUUACGGGUUUAUGAGGACAUUAAGAACCCCUGUCAUGUGUUGCUGGUUAUACAGCGUGUAGAGUUGUUGGAAUCUGGCAGGGUUGGUGUUUGGUGUUUGCUGUUCUUUGGCUGAACCAGCUGUGCGCGUGCAGAAGCUCGUUAUCAGCUCUCAGUAAACAGUGUGUCAGAAAGCCGCUUCCUGGCGACACGGGUUACUUUCAGCUGCCUGAGCGUCUGAAAUGAUGGGGAAGGAGGAGUGAAUGCUGAGGACUUGUUGAUGGCGGAGACGCGGUGAUCUGUGGGCUGAGACAGCAGGCAGGCGCGCGCCUUUUUCCCGCCUUACAGCGCCACACACACACACACACACACGCACACACACACACGGUGUGCUCCUUGUAGAACUACAAAACACACCGCGGAGCUAUUAAAGAAGAAAGAUAUUUGGCUGUUCGAGUGUUGAGAGAGAAUGUGGCAGUGCGUCGCACGGCGGCCACGUCCUUUUCCAAAUCAGGGUCUUUAGUCGGCGUGUUACUGACACGCGCACCGCGUCGCCCUCGACUGUUCUCCCGUCGGCUUCACGAGGUCCCGAGCGCGGGUAUGCGCGCGUGCCCAAAAACGGGCUACCGGAGAAUUCGCGUUUCCUCCGCCUCAAACUUGUCUCCGGGUCUCACCGUCGCACCUGUCGCGGUACUCUGGAUGCCGUCAGGAAGAGCGGAACACGUUCAGGAGAUGCCUGCCGUGCAUGCCGGGUGAGCAGAGAGGUCUCACUGCUCCUCCUUAGGAGGAGAGGUAGACAUCCAUUUCUCCAUCUCCGAUUUUUAAUGCGCGCGGACGCGUCUGUGAUGGCGCUGACUAACCAGAGCUAAGAGAGGAAAAGGGGAGAGGAAAGUUCCGGAUACGUCUCUCCUCUCUCUCCUCUCUCUCUUUCACACACACACUUGUGUGGUUAAAAGCCAUCCGUGAAUGCAUGUAACGGAACCGGACUACUGACAAUAACUGGAAAUAAUAUAAAACCUGCAGGUUCGUGCGCCUGCACUGGAUUCGGGGAAGAUGUGAAUCAAACCUGCUGGUACUUUUUUUUUUUUGCGAUGUGUCUGAAGCCCGAGCUCGUCUCGUGCGCGCACUACUGAAUUAAACCCGGGCGGUAAACUGAUAGGAAGCGGAGCGAGCGGAGGGCCAGCGCGUGCGGACGGGAUUAUGGGACAGUGAUACAGCGCGCGCGCGUCGUCGUCGUCGUCUGUGCUGCGUUCGAGAAGAGUUGCGCGCGCGGGGGGUUUCGUGAGCCAUGGCAGCGGCGAUAGCCAGCGGUUUGAUCCGCCAGAAGCGGCAGGCGCGGGAGCAGCAUUUAGACCGACCCUCCACGAACCGAAGGAGGAAGAGCCCGAACAAGAACAAAGGUCUCUGCAACGGCAACCUCGUCGACAUCUUCGCUAAAGUGCGAAUCUUCGGCCUCAGGAAGCGGAGACUACGGCGCCAAGAUCCCCAGCUCAAGGGUAUAGUGACCAGGUUAUAUUGCAGGCAGGGAUACUACUUGCAAAUGAACGUCGAUGGAUCUCUUGAUGGGACCAAGGAUGACAGCAGUAAUUCUUCAUUGUUCAAUCUCAUCCCUGUGGGCCUCCGAGUUGUUGCUAUUCAGUCCGUGAAGACAGGGUUAUACAUCGCCAUGAAUGGAGAAGGCUAUCUGUACACAUCAGAACUCUUUACAGCUGAAUGCAAGUUUAAAGAGUCAGUGUUUGAGAACUACUAUGUGAUCUACUCGUCCAUGUUGUACAGACAGCAGGAGUCAGGAAGAGCCUGGUUUCUGGGUCUCAAUAAAGAGGGCCAGGCAAUGAAGGGCAACCGAGUGAAGAAAACCAAACCAGCUGCUCACUUCCUGCCCAAGCCAUUAGAAGUCGCGAUGUACCGAGAGCCAUCAUUGCACGACGUGGGAGAGACCGUGCCCAAAGCUGCUGCGCCACCCGCUAAAAGCACAAACGAGCCGGCCGUGAUGAACGGAGGCAAGCCUGUCAGCCAGGAGGCUAGCAAGCCCAGCACAUAGCCCACCCUUGACUUAGUAAAAGGGCGACAUGCCAACCUUUUCUCUUCAAUGGAUCUGGCCCAGACGAGUCUCCUUCUGUUCUCCUUUUCUGCUCUCCUCUGACUUUCUCCCUCCACUUGGCAAAUUGAUUGCAGAAGUGCGGCCAAGCGUAGCGACAAGGAGGAUUCGACUGAAUGAAUCAUCUGAACCCGCACCAUGGAAUGCCCUAGCAGAUAUGGAAUGCCUUUAACCCUCUCACUGAAAAUCCAUACCCUUUAGAUCACCACCCCCUUUCCUGCACCUGCACAUACAAUACCAAGACCCAUUUGUCUGUGACUGUGACAAUCCCUGAGAACGAAGAGUGGAACUGGUGGCCGUGGGUCGUGUUGAGCAGUGGCCAUCUUUGUCUCGCUGAUGGUCACCCAUGACUACUUUUUUUUGAGCCCUGUAACAGAAGCGUCUAAUUCAGAUCUAUUUUCUAUACACAGCGAAAACACCAGCUAUGCUCUGGGGGAAGUAAACUACUGACUGACUCAUGAGAAAUACA